GUCAGUCUGACACACUGCUAUUGUAUAACACGGGCUUUUGCCUCUUUUCCAGAGAGAGAGAGAGUGAGGGGGGAGCGGCUGCAUCCUCCCCCGUUUCUUGUUUGGAGGUAAAGGGACACAGACGGGAGCGGAGCGGCGGAGGACCUGCACAUGUCGGCUCGGUGAGGCAGCGUUUGUUUCCCCGCCCUGAUACGGUUGGAGGACGGGCAGGAGCAGGAGGAGGAACCGCGACAUUUACAUCUCCCGAGAUAAUAAUAACCUCACGUUAUAAUAAAAUUGGCUCAUGUGAAGGUGCGGCCCAUGUGAGGGUCGACAGAGGAUGCGUUAAAAGCGAGGAGGACGACAGUGAUGCGGCAGCCGAGGUGGGCCCCGACUGAUGAUUUCAUAUCAACAUCCACCAAGAGGCUGUAAACUGACCUGGAGUCUGCUGCUUUGUUUUUUUUCAUGUGGAUAAACAGCAGGAGGGCAAUCAGUUAUUAUUGAUUAUUCUAUUUUUUUCUGUUUUCACAUCAGGAUAAGAAACACAUCCUGAUUCAGGCCCAUGACUCGUGUGUGUGUGUGUGACGCCAAUACAGCAGCACAGAGGUGUGUGUGUCUGUGAGUGUGUGUGAGUGUAUGUGUGAAGAGACGCGCCUGCAUGUCUGAGCAUCAUCUGGAGGCUGUGCAGGCUGCUCCUCCACGGGGAUGACACACACGCGAUUUUCCAUCCGUGCGUAAAGACAAGAAGAGGAAGAGCCAGAGAUGCUGCUGCUGCUGCUGACAUUUCCAGUCCGGCUCUGAUACCGACAACGAGGCAUCUAGAAAAGAAAUCCACCUCUCCUCCGCCUCUGCACCUCUCCCCCCUUCCUCUCCUCCCCUUUACUUCUCAUCCCCUUCCUCCCCUCCUCCCCCCUCCCUCCCGGAGCGUCUGUAUCAUUCUGAUCAAUUGAUAAUCCAUCAGUGAUUCAGAGAGCCCUGUACUCACUCCUGCGUCCUCCCCUCACUUCACCCUGCUGUGUACAUCCUCUCCAACGCCUCUUUUUAAGCGCCCGCACGCGUAAAGGCGCACCGCCGUCCACAGCCACAAUGGAGACGACCAAGCUGCCCCCGUCCAGCCCGUCCUCGCCGACCACCAGCUUCUCGGUGCCCUCCGCGGAGAAGGUGGACGGCUUCCCGCGCCGGUCCAUGCGCAGGGCCCGGCAGAGGAGGUCCCACAGCUCGUCCCAGUUCCGCUACCAGAGCUCCCAGGUGGAGCUCACCCCGCUGCCCCUGCUUAAAGACGCCCCGGUGGCAGAGCUACACGACCUGUUCUGCAAGAAGCUGCAGCAGUGCUGUGUGCUGUUCGACUUCCUGGACUGCGUGGCUGACCUGAAGGGGAAGGAGAUCAAACGUGCGGCGCUCAAUGAGCUGGUGGAGAGUGUGGCCACCAGCAGAGGCGUCCUCAUAGAGCCUCUCUACCCAGAGGCCAUAAAGAUGAUCUCGGUAAAUAUCUUCCGGACUCUCCCACCCAGCGAGAAUCCAGAGUUUGACCCUGAAGAAGAUGAGCCGACACUGGAAGCUUCCUGGCCUCAUCUGCAGCUGGUGUACGAGUUCUUUCUGCGUUUCCUGGAGAGCCCGGACUUCCAGCCCUCCAUGGCCAAACGCUAUGUCGACCAGAAGUUUGUCUUGCAGCUCCUGGAGCUGUUCGACAGCGAGGACCCCAGGGAGCGGGAGUACCUUAAGACCAUCCUGCACCGUGUCUAUGGAAAACUACUGGGCCUCCGAGCCUACAUCCGCAAACAAAUCAACAACAUCUUCCUCAGGUUCAUAUAUGAAACUGAGCACUUCAACGGAGUCGCAGAGCUGCUGGAAAUCCUCGGCAGCAUCAUAAAUGGCUUCGCCCUGCCUCUGAAGGCCGAACAUAAGCAGUUCCUGGUCCGGGUCCUCAUCCCACUGCACACGGCAAAGUCCCUUUCUAUCUUCCAUGCACAGCUGGCCUACUGUGUGGUGCAGUUUAUGGAGAAAGAUGCUACAGUCACUGAAUAUAUCAUCAGAGGGCUGCUCAAGUACUGGCCCAAAACCUGCACGCAGAAAGAGGUGAUGUUCCUGGGGGAGAUCGAGGAGAUCCUGGAUGUGAUCGAGCCGUCUCAGUUCAUCAGGGUCCAGGAGCCGCUCUUUAAGCAGAUCGCAGCCUGUAUCUCCAGCCCUCACUUCCAGGUAGCGGAGAGAGCCCUUUACUUCUGGAACAACGAAUACAUCCUCAGUCUGAUAGAGGAGAACUGUCAAGUCAUCCUGCCGCUGGUGUUCGCCACCCUCUACAGAGUCUCCAAGGAGCACUGGAACCAGACCAUCGUGUCUCUGAUCUACAACGUGCUGAAGACCUUCAUGGAGAUGAACAGCAAGCUGUUUGAUGACCUCACUGCCUCCUACAAAGUGGAGAAACAGAAAGAGCUGAAGCGAGAGAGGGAACGCACCGAGCUCUGGCGAGACCUGGAGGAGCAACAGGAGCGCCGCAUGCAGAUGCUCACCGAGGCCGCCCGGAACCAGCGUAACCUCCAGGAGCGGGGCGAGAGAGGGGACCCGCCGACCCCGUCGUCCCCGCAGACGGCCCACUCCGACCAGCCCGAGCCCAAACCCAGCGGGGCCUCCACUGGAGCCGGGGAAAGCGCCACCUAGGUGCUGCUCCGCGGGGAUUGCGUAACACAGGGGUCAGGGGGGGACAGGGAGAAGACGUGAAGUUGCUGGUGUGUAGUGAUGGGGGACAGAGAAAGGUACCAAACAAAUCCUCUCUUUUUCUAUCUUGCAUCAUCGAGUGCACAAACUCAGUGAUCCAAGGUAGAAAAAAAAAAGCAAGACGUACCCUUUUUUCCGGACAGAGUUGUGUGAAACUGGUUCACUUUUUGCUGUACACACAUCAUGUCGCAGAUCAGAAGAUGAAUACCGUCCAAAAGUGCAGACCGUCAUUUCAAAGUCACCGCUGGUUGAUUCAACUGCAGGGUCGGUGCCGAAAACGGUAAACUCUGGCCUGCUUCCAAACCUGCCUCGAAACAAGAGAUGAGAUUUCUCUUUUGGUGCAAAACUAACCGACUUCAACACGCGUCUAACUUGUCCCCACAUUUAACCAACCGAGUCUGUACUGUGGCCUCGUAUUUAUCUUUUGCUCACAGAUGCUUAUUUCAUGCGUGGAUAGCACAAUACAUUAAUACACAAAAGAAGCAAUUUCACACAAAGGUCCCAAAACUGUUGCCGCGCAGACCAGACAUACACACACAUACACACUCAGACACACACAAACCAGACUGAUACUUGCUGUAAAUAUGAAAUAGCUACAGAGUGUAUCCAGGUCAAACAAUCUCACACAAAUUGAUUCAUGCACCAAAAUAUCUCUCACACACACACACACACACACAAACACACACACAGUCCAUGUUGACUCAACUUCUGGUUCUGGCGCUAACUCCGCUCCCAUUCUGUCGGGUCCCACGAAAAGGUCCAACCGAUGAAGAUGAUGAUAAUGAUAUAAAGUACAAUAAUGUUCCUUCUUCUUACUUGUUACUCUACUACUACUACUCUACUCUACUCUAAGUACUACUGAUGAUGAUGAUAAUGUUUUUAUAUAUAUACAUAUGUCUCUGGAUAUUUCUGUAGUGUAUUAAGGGAGAAACACUAGUGUAGCAGAUACCACGAAGGGGGAAGGCCGGCUCGAAGUCUGAUCUCACAUCACAUGUUAAAUGUACGAGGCCAUAAUGUGGGCGCUGUAAUUCAGUGGCCUUCCCCUAUAACAGACCUUAAAGAGGCGACUGGAUUUGUGGUGGCUGCUUUUCUUUUAUUUUGAAAUGUUCGAUGCCCAUGGUGGUGGAUGACCUGCGUUAAAAAAUCCCCCCAAAAUUCCAAGUUUGAAGAACAACACUAUACAUAUCUUUUUCAAAGCGGUUUUCUUGCCAACAAAGGGAAUCUUUUAAUUCACCAAAUCACGUUGUGAGGCCUUGCGAAGCCAAUUGUUUUAGAUUAUUUCAUUUUAAUUCUUGCUUUCUUCACGGAGGGGGCUCUUUUUGUUAAUGUCGAUCAGCGCGAGACAGAAAUAACGUCAUCUCAGUCGGCUGCUAGCAGACCUCCCGGCAUUUUGGACCCGGCACACGCCAUUUAGAACGUCUAUUUCUAAAUGGAUAAAACUGAAGACAAGAGACUGCGAAAGAGUUUAUCUCUAUAGACGUCUCUAUGCCUUCUCAUUAACAACAUUAAUGGCAUUCUGCAGGAAACUGUUGGAAAAACUCGGCAACUGGUUUGCCAAGGCAAAGAAGCGUGCACAAGCCUGAAGUGGUGCUCAUGAAGGAAAGUAAGCUCGUGCCAUAAGUGGUCUAUUUGUGUUUCCUCUUCUUCUUCUUUGCCUUUUAUAUGGUGCUAUGGUUAAACUUUUCUCUGUAGCGUAUACACUGAAUCACAGCGCCUCAAAGGGGAGACAUCAUGUUGACGUGACAGUUGGCCUGCCCAUUUACCAGUCCGUCUAACAUAACCGUAGUUUAACAGCGCCCCCUGCUGUCGAUCAAGAUUUUAAAUCACAUCGACGCAAACAACGCAAACAAAAGGAUGAGGACCCACUACCAAAAACAACAUUCCACAGCGCCUCUUCUGGUCAAAAAACUUUAAAAGCGCUCCUUUAAUUUGGGUGUUUCCGUACACAAGGAAACUUUUUUCAGAAUGUCUUGGUUAAGCUGAAGUUCAGAUCACUCCAGCGUACAACCAAACAGAAUCCGAGCAGAUUAGCACGUCUCGCACAACAUGGCGGCCACCAGAGGACGAAGGACGUGCACGACGCGCGUCUCAAACCAAAAGAAAAACCACCACAAUCCAGUUGGAUCUCUGAACCCAGAGCGUCUGCGUGUUCCUUUCGGCUCAGCAGACCUGACGCUGCUAGAUGGCGACCAUGAUGAUGAUAACUUUUUCGGUGUGAACCAACAAAAAAUCUGUUUAUUCUUGUCUGACUAUUAUGAAAGAGCGAUGGGGUAAGAAGAGAGGGUGGAAAAAAAAAACAGAAAAAAAUUAUUUUAGCAAUAUUUUCAUUCUUUCAGGAUAAUCUGUGUUUCUCGGGGGCUAAACAAGAGGUGGGUGUCACACUCGCACGUUUACCCCCCGCACUCGUUUUUACUCCUGUUGCGUCCUUGAUAUUCACAUUGUCUUAAAGGUACUUUCUGUGUACAUUUAUUUGAUGAAAAAAAUGAUUUUCGCUUUGUAAUUAUGUUGUUUAUUUUUUGGGUUUUUGUAUGAUCUUGUUCAUUUUGUGUAAAACUGAUACUGAUGCUAUUUAUUUUCUAUUUGAUCAGGAAAUGUAACCUUAUUUGAAGAUGAAGGUCAGGUUGUGUAUGUGCGCAUGUGUGUGUGUGUGUGUGUGUGUGUGUGUGUGUGUGUGUGUGUGAGUGUGAGAGUUAGAGUGUUGGUGUGUAACCAGUGAGUGAGUCGGCGAGCCGUAGAUGUGUGUAGAUGGAGCGAUAGGGAACGAUCUCUGUCCUUGUCUCCUUCCUGAAAGACAGGGUUUGAAUCCGAAUGUAUCGUUAAACUAAUCGAUUGUUUUUUAAUCGCCUGAGACGCAGAGGCGCCCGUCGGCUGCCUCAUAAACCAAACGUUCAAAAACUCUUUCAGACCAGCAGUUUUAUCCAAAAACGCUCACCUCACAUCACGCCUGAGUCAACGAGGUUUUUGAAAUCCAUUGAAGUGACAGCCCUCAGUUUGGCAUGCAACGUUUUAUUUAGCUGUUAGUCAUCGAUUCAGAAGUUCUUAUCAUGCACCUUUUAAGUUUGGUUGACUCAUUCUGGUGAUAUCCGGCUGUGGUAACACCUAAUCUGCCACUGCACCCUCAUCCACAAGAGGGUGCUAUUCACAACUGUUUCAUGCUAUUUGCAGGUAUGUAAUCCAUCAUGCAGGUUACGACUUUUGUCUGUUUUCUCGAGGUACCACAUUGAUGUAUGCUGAUGGAUUAGGUGUAACCACAGCCUCAUACCAGUGAACACCUCCAAACCCACGUCUGUAGACACCGUAAACCAAACCUUUCCAUUUAGUUGGAUUUCAAUAAUUGUUUUGAUUCAGGCAGCAACAAAAAAAAAGCUAAAAAAAGAAAAAAACACAACCGAAAGAGACAAAACGUGACCUCACUGUCAUAAAACUGAGCUUGUUUAUAUUUUCUUUUGGCUAAAGCUUAUUCACAAACCCUCUUGAUUGUUAUUGUCAGUCAGUCUGCUGACUCGUGGGGGGAAAAACUGAACCCCAGCUCCCACUGUUUUAGAAAUCUCAGUGAUAUUGAAAUCAAUAGUAGGCCUAAUCCUUCAGCUCUGGCAUUCCGUCGUCCAUUUUAGAGCCACUCCAGAACAAGAAGCAAGAGAGUAGAGAGUGGGCGUAGAGAGAUCUGGUUGUCCAAUCGCGUCAGACGACAUUUUCUUCCUUUUUAAAAACUUUAAAUCGGAGAGGAGGUGCGAGUGGAUUCGAUGAAUACAGCCGGUAAAGAUUAAAACGCAGUGGAGAGCGACAGAGGAAUGACAAGACAAAGUUAAACCCAAUAGAAUGGCAAUAAGUCAGAGCAACAGUAACAAUGGAAAUGUGAUGUUACCGAACACCUACAACCGCAUUACGUAGCAAUUUCACUCAAUUUCUAGAUUUGCACUGUCUGCCCAAUGGUCUGUGUUUGUUUUGAUGAAGAAAAAGCUUAGGGAAGAUGCAGGAGAAGAAGAAGAAGAAGAAGAAGAAGAAGAAGAUGUAUAUUUUGGGGACCAACACAAUGGUGUGUGUG